CAACAGUCGAGAGAAACGGUUUUAGAGUCCCCCUUCCCUCCGUAUGUUUUUGGUGGGGGAAAAGUUGUGGGUGGCCGAUAGUGUGAAGUUUCUGUGGGACAGCUGAAAAAAGGGUUUAGAGAAAUGGCGGAAACCAAAAUAAUAUACCACAUCGACGAGGAGGAGACGCCGUAUUUGGUGAAGAUUCCGAUUCCUGCCGAAAAUAUCACUUUGUUGGAUUUUAAACAGGUCUUGAACAAGCCAAACUACAAAUUCUUCUUCAAGUCUAUGGACCAGGACUUUGGGGUGGUGAAGGAAGAGAUCUCGGAUGAAAGUGCUAAGCUCCCCUGCUUCAACGGACGUGUGGUGUCAUGGUUAGUAUCAUCAGACACCCCAGCAGCAGCAGAGCUGGUAUCACCAGUCCUUCCUCCGCCCCUAGCAGAAGUCCGGCCCCUGCCCUCACCCCCUCCUCCUCCCCUCCCACCCCCACCUGUCGAGAGGACCGGGGGCAUCGGUGACUCCAGACCCCCAUCAUUCCAUCCCAAUGCAGCAGACAGUGUGGAGAACCUGGAUGACCAGUCGGAAACAGAGUCUGUGGUGUCUUUUAGGAGAGAGCGACCCAGACACAGGGAGGCCACGGAGCAGCGUGGGCCGAGGAUGAACGGCCAGAGCGGCAUGGAGCGCCACCUAGCGGGCUAUGAGAGCGCUACCACUGUGAUGAGCAGCGAGCUGGACACCACCAGCUUCUGUGACUCCGAGGAGGAUGACACCAUCAGCCGAUUCAGCGGCUCCACGGAGCAGAGCACGGCAUCCAGGCUGCUCAAACGCCACCGCAGACGCAGGAAACAGCGCCCCCCGAGGCUAGAAAGGGCGUCGUCGUUCAGCAGUGUGACAGACUCCACCAUGUCUCUGAACAUCAUUACCGUCACACUCAACAUGGAGAAGUACAACUUCCUGGGUAUCAGCAUCGUGGGGCAGAGCAACGAGAGGGGCGACGGGGGCAUCUACAUCGGCUCCAUCAUGAAGGGAGGGGCGGUGGCAGCAGACGGACGCAUCGAACCCGGGGACAUGCUGCUACAGGUGAACGACAUCAACUUUGAGAACAUGAGCAACGAUGACGCCGUGCGUGUGCUGAGGGAGAUCGUACACAAACCGGGACCCAUCAUCCUGACAGUGGCCAAGUGCUGGGACCCGUCACCUCAGGGCUACUUCACACUCCCUCGCAAUGAGCCGAUCCGGCCAAUAGACCCAGCAGUGUGGGUGAACCACUCGGUGGCCCUGACGGGGGCCUACCCCCCCUACACCGCCAGCUCCGCUCUCAGCACCAUCACCUCUUCCUCCUCCGUCACUGAGACAGAACGUUUUGAUGACUUUAACCUGUCCCUCCACUCUGACAUGUCGUCGGUGGCUAAGGCCAUGGCGUCCCCGGAGUCUGGCCUUGAGGUCAGAGACAGGAUGUGGCUCAAGAUCACCAUCCCCAACGCCUUCCUGGGUUCUGACGUGGUGGAGUGGCUUUACCACCACAUCGAGGGCUUCCAGGACCGCCGCGAGGCCCGGAAGUAUGCCAGUAACCUGCUGAAGGCCGGCUUCAUCCGCCACACAGUCAACAAGAUCACCUUCUCAGAGCAGUGUUACUACAUCUUCGGAGACUUCAGCGACUGCGAGAACUACAUGGCCAACCUGUCCCUGAACGACAACGACGGAUCCAGUGGGGCCUCUGACCAAGACACCCUGGCCCCCCUGCCCCUCCCGGGGGUCACGCCCUGGCCCCUGCUACACUCCUUCCCCUCCUUCCAGUACCCCCACCCUCACCCCUACUCCAGUCAACCCCCACCCUACCACGAGCUGUCCAGCUACAGCUUCGCCCCAGGCAGCACGGGCACAGCCAGCCAGCACAGCGAAGGGAGUCGGAGCAGUGGAUCUACAAAGAGUGAGGGUGGCGAGAGGCGGCGGGGAAUUAAGGGAGGUCCUGGCAGCACGGUGGUGGGUGGGGGAGGAGGAGGAGAGAAGUCCCCCUCUGGAGGGGAAGGGGAGGGCUCGGGCAGCGGCAGCGAAUCGGAAUACUCUGUCCGCAGCAGCCUGAGGCGUGGCCACGGCUCGGCCACGCCCAGCGAACACAGCCACACAUCACAGCGCUCGCAUCAUCACCGCAUGCCCCCCCACAUGUCCCCCUACCCUCCCGGGAUGCCCAUGCCCUACAACCCUAUGAUGGUGAUGAUGGUGCCCCAACAUCCACACAUGGGACACCCAAACAUGGGACACCUCCACCAGCACCAUCCCUCGGUCCCCAUGCACCCAGGCUUGGGCCCCUCCGCUGUCCCUGGAGGACCACCCGGGGCCCCCCCAACCCGUGACCUGGGCUCUGUGCCCCCUGAGCUGACCGCCUCACGCCAGUCCUUCCACCUAGCAAUGGGCAACCCCAGCGAGUUCUUUGUGGAUGUCAUGUAGUCUGAUGACGUGUGUGUGUGUGUGUGUGUGUGUGUGCUUGUGAGGUGAUUGACCAUUUGUGUGAGGUCUAGGAGUAUUCCACUCUCUGGAUGACUGACUGUUCUAGUCUGGUGGUAAUUAACUUGUGGUCUGAUUAGGCCCUAGUAGAUUGGUGUCGCUCAUUUCUAGUCUGGUAAAAACUGGGUUCAACAGUGAGUCAGAGGAAUUUUGGCACAGUAUCGUAAAAGACGUGAAAUGCAUAACGUCUGGUUUCCCUCUUAAAUAUACUGGCAUAUUUUCAAGUCUGGUUGUUUUCCCUCCUAACCGUUUAGCUAGACAGACCUACAAUCAAGAGGUCAGAUCUAGGAGCAGCAACUCCCCCCACAACGUUCCACAUAUCUUAUGACUCCAACAUGUUGCUGGACUCCAUAUCAGAUAAGCCGCAACUCUUGUUUGAUUUCAAGCAUGUAUAUUGGUUUAGUUCUGCCUCUCACACACCGUCUGUGAAGCUGUUGUGUGUUUUCUAACUGAUUUACCUUUUAGCAUCGUGUUUGUUUUUCCUACCUGGGACUGACUGGCUGGGUGUGAGGAACAGUACUGGUCUUUCAUUGAAUUGACCGAAGUAACAUAUUAACGGGCCAAAUGAAGAGUCGUCGCCAAGUGUCAUUGAGGACUAGAACAGUAGAGGGCGCCACUUGCUCUUAUUUUCUAUAGGGAAGAAGACAUUUACAUUACAUUUAAGUCAUUUAGCAGACGCUCUUAUCCAGAGCGACUUACAAAUUGGUGCAUUCACCAUUUGAAAAGGUGAAAUGUGUCAUGUUUUCAUUGAUUUAUGAACAUAGUGGGACGUUAAGUGAAGUAUCCUAUUUUGUAUGAAUUUGUGUGCCAACUAGUUUUAAAUGCAAUCGUACAGAAUGGUUCAUGUUAAGGUACAGGCCAACUUCUGUCUAGUAUUCAGAGGAUAGAUACCUCAAAUGACAAGAAUGGGUGCCAUGUAUUGUAACACUGUCUAGGACUAUGUGGUAUAGGAAAUGGUACUGGGAGGAAGAAGAGGGCACACCAAAAAUGGUACUUUUGGGAUUGAAUCAUGAGUUUUCGCUUUAAAUAACUGUGAUCCCCUCCUCAUACUUUGUAUGUUACUGACGCACGUAAGCGUCCAUUUUGUACGAGUGAAAAUAUAUAUAUAUAUUGAAGAUAAUCUUGUUUAACCCAGAACAAAAUGCAGAUAUCUGUCCACAAGAGAUGAGGAUGUAUAACCGAACCAUAAAGGUGCUAAAUGAAGUCAAUAGUUUCAAAGUAUAGCAGUGUCACAUUGGGGUGUCAUUUUUGUUUGAUUUCAUUGUCACUUUUGUUUCUGUAUUUGAGAAUAAAUGUGUAAUAGACUGAAA